GUCCGCGACUGAACCGGCAACAGCCACGCGCCUCAGGCUGCUGCCUCUGCUGCCAGUGGACAGCAGGGAAGACCACGACCGUCCCCGAGCGCACGCCUUCACCGAGGUCGACGCCGGCUGCGGCGGCGGUGGAGGCGGUGGCGGCGCCAUCGCCAGCCCCCGUGAGGUGGCCCGGCAGGCGACCCAGCAGCAGGGGCGAGACAGCAACCCCACCACGGUGGCCUGCCGCUACUCCGCAUCUUCCCGCGCGCUCCCGGUCCAGCAGCUGCACCGGCAGGCUGACCACCACGUGGAUAGGCUCGAGCGCAGCGGACCGUCUCGACCCAUCAUUAGGCCCUGGACCGCAGCUAGCGAUGGGAGCGACGCUGCCACCCGCCUGUCAUCCGUCCGUGGCAUUGGCGCGGGAGAGUUCAACUCGGUGCCGCCGCCGGCGCCGCCCCCGUCCGAGCUGACCGUCCCGAGUCUGCUCGACGCCGCCGUUCCCCCAGACAACCCAAGUUCUUCCCCGAAUCGUUCCCCUGCCGCGCCGACCCCUGCCAUCCCGCAGGCCUCCAGCUUGGGCAGGGUGCGUCAGUGGCCGUUGGUAGUCGCGGGGUGCUCUCUGGCCUUCCCCGCCGUGACGCCGACCCCCUUCCCCUCACUGUCCCCGCAGGCCGCGCGCGGCGCCCCUCGCUACGAGCGCCCGACCACGGCGUCGAGGCUCAAGCGCCGCCCAGGUGGGCCCAUGUCGGCGGUGCCCGUGGCCGGGCCGGUGGCCUCUCCCCGGGGGCGCGCCGGCGCCACCCAGAAGCACUUCCCCUUCGUGGCGGCCACGUCCACGUCCCCAAGCCACAACCUGCAGCUCAACUUGCAAGCCGUCAUGUCCCAGAGGAGGAUGCGGCGCUCUCCAACGGCUGCGUCGCCGCGCCCCACGGGGUGCUCUCCGCGCGGGCCCGCCUCUGCAGGGCCGACGCCUCCGCGGCGGCGGGCGCACCCCGGUCCCUCCCCGGCACCCGCCGCCCCCUGCCCGCUGCUGGGCGGCGACCUCAGCGACGCCGACUCCUCCUGUGGGGACGCGAGCGUGGGCAGCGCCUCCAGCUGCUCCUCUGUCGAGUUGGACCGACGAGACGGCGGCCUCGACAAACUUGCCCCGCAGUGCCGGUGGGAGGCCGGGCCGUUGGCGGGGUCGCGCGCCCCGGGCCGGCCCAGCCGCUGCCGCUGCUACCCCCGUCACGUGGCGGAGUACGUCCACGUCCUCAAGCCCUUCCUGCGGCGGGCCGCGGACGAGCAGGCGCCGCCUCCGAGUGGGGAGACUCGCCGUCCCGAGGCCCCCGCUGUCACCGUCCCCAAAGUGGAGGGCCCCCUGGUGGAGGUCGGUGGCCCCCGGGAGCAUCCUCGCAUCCUAGCCGCGGAGACGACCCUGGUGGAGGGCCGACAGGUCUGCGAUCCGCAGCCUCGCGACAGCGAGCAGCGCCUAGCCGGAGGGCUGGCCGAGCUGCGAGCCGUCCUGGUGGCGCUGCGGCGUGAGCUGGUCGCCCUGGGGGCGGCGCGGGACCAGGAGCGGCAACGGGGACCCGCAGGCGCCGAGAGGGCGCGCGGGCUGGAAGAGGGGUUGCAGCGCAAGGAGGCGGAGGUGCGCGUCAUCGUGGACCUGUACCGCCAGGUUCAGCUCCUUAGGACAGAGGUGAGCUGCAUCCGGCGCUCAGACCCGGAUGCGGCACGUACCUGAGGCCCCUUGAGUCCACAUCUCAUUUUCAACUAGUAUUGUGAACUCCUUAAAGAGACCUCAAAGUAAUGUAAGAUUUCUAUCAAAAGAGUGUCAAAUUAUGAUACAUAAUUUUGAUUAUGUUUUUAAAGAGGUAAUGCAAUUAUAAAAAAUACUGGUGUUCUAGUUUUUUUGAA